AUGGCUUCGCGAAAGACAGUUAACCGCCGAAUGCGGCCUCAGCGUGCUACAUCUAAUGUAUUUGCAAUGUUUGACCAGGCACAGAUUCAGGAAUUCAAGGAGGCCUUCAACAUGAUCGACCAGAAUCGAGAUGGUUUCAUCGAUCAGGCGGAUUUGCAGGAAAUGUUCGCUUCAUUAGGUAAGGAUGUAAACGAGCAAUUCUUGGAUUCAAUGGUUAAUGAAGCUCCUGGUGCAAUCAAUUUCACUAUGUUCUUGACACUUUUUGGCGAGAAACUGACAGGUACCGAUCCUGAAGAGGUUAUCCGAAAUGCCUUCCAGUGUUUCGAUGAAGACAAUUCGGGGAAAUUAAGUGAAGAUCGACUUCGUGAAUUGCUCACAACCAUGGGUGAUCGCUAUACUCAUGAGCAAGUUGAUGAACUCUUCCGCGAUGCUCCAAUCAAAAAUGGAAAUUUUGAUUAUGUGGAGUUCACACGCAUGUUGAAGCAUGGUACCAAGGAUAAGGAUGACCAAUAA